AUGAGGCCCAGAACAACAAGAUCUGGUCCUGAAAGACCUUUCACUCCCCGUCAAAAUUACAACAGACGCGACGAGGUUGAUAUCAGGGGAGUUAGAUAUAACUCGCCCUCUCGGUACCGUGAUUAUGGCUACAGUUCAGGUAGGGACCCUAAAGACAACUACAACGCUCGCGAUUUUAACCAGCGCGACUUCGUUCAGGGCAGGGACUUGAACCAUCGCGAGUAUCCAAACAACCGCGAUGUUCACCGCAGCUAUCCGAACUCGAAGGACUACAACAACGUCAGGGAGUACCCCAACACCCGUGACUACCCUUCCAAUUCCAGAGAUUACAACAAUUCCCGCGAUUAUCACCCGCCCACCUGGGACUAUCAUUCCAAUAGCAGAGAUUACCACGGACCACGCGACUUCCACAGCUCUAGAGAGUUUCACAAUUCUCGUGACUAUAUUGCCAGUCGUGAGUACCCCGGGGCCGGUUCCCGCGAUUUUAACCGCUAUCGUGACUACAGCGCCCAUCCCCAUCGUAACUAUCAACAGCCUUCACGCAACGUGUCAGAGUUCGACAAGUUUCCCGCCGAACGAAGGGUGUACAGGGAGAGGCCGGGCCCAUAUGACCGCAGGGCUCCACCUCCCCGUCAACCUCCCGUUCGUAGAACUGAGGUUCAAGGCUACGAGUUAGACGCCAGGAGGACCGGGCCUGUUCGUCGCACAGCGGCUCUGCCCUCUAGGUACCACAAAACAAAGGUUUUUAUAGGCAAUUUGUCCGGCGAGGUUACCCAGGACGAGCUUACAGCAAAAUUUUCAUCAUUCGGGCCCAUUAACAGAAUCGACUUCCGCAGGAAGUUCGCGUUUGUCGACUUCGUCCGUUCCAAGGACGCUGAGACCGCAAUACGCGAGAUGCACAAUAAGCUGAUUUGGGGGUCAUGGCUUAAGGUACAGCCGCACAUUGAACAGCAGAAAAAGCUCUCGGCCAGGGAACCGAAGCCCGGAUACCAGAUUACGGUCACCAACUUGGACCAAAGUGUUAGUUGGCAGGAUUUGAAGGAUUUUGCCAGGCAGGCUGGUGAGGUUAACUAUGCUUCGAUUAUUAUCAAGGGCAACAAGAGGUUCGGAUUAAUAGAAUUUACUAACGAUGAGUCUGUUCAAAACGCCCUCAAGGACUUGAACGGGAAGAAGAUUGACGUUAAUAAGUUGGAGUUGAUUCAUGUGCCAGUCAGUGAGUUCCUCAAAACCAUUGGUUAUAACAAUGAGACUUUGCUGGUCGAGGAACCCAACGACGACCUUUACUCGAACGACUCCCCAGUUAACCACGAGACGCAAAACGACGAGAACGACAGGUUACUUUCUACUAUAGACUUACUAUUCACUCUCGAUUCUUAA